CAGCAGAACAAAACUUCAAAAUAACAAUUUUUAAAAAUUAAUAUAAAAUUCUAAAUUCUUAAAAUCUCCUCUUCUUCGAUGGCGACGGGGAAAAGUUACUACGCACGGCCAAGCCACCGUUUCCUCGGCGGAACCGAUCAGUCGUACUACGCCGCCAACGACUCCGGAUUCGAGUUCGACGAAUCCGAUCUCUACUCAUCAGCCUCAGCCGCUUCCGAUUCCCCCGAUUUCCGCCGGAAAAUCUCUAAACCAGUCAGAUCCGUGAAGAAACCGUCUAACCGUCCAUCCGCCGUAGCGGCGUCGUCUCUCCCGGUGAACGUGCCGGACUGGUCUAAGAUUCUCCGGGAGGAACGUCGCGAUAACCGUCGGAGAAGCGUCGUGGAUGACGAGGAAGACGGAGGCGACUGGUUGGACGCCAGCGGCGGGAGGUUGCCUCCGCACGAGUUUCUGGCGAAGACGAGGAUGGCGUCGUUCUCGGUUCACGAAGGAGUUGGGAGGACUUUGAAAGGGAGAGAUCUGAGUAGGGUUAGAAAUGCAAUUUUUGAGAAAAUUGGGUUCCAGGAUUAAUAUUUUCAAAUUUGAGGUCCUUUUAAUAAGUAACUGUCAGAGAGAGCAUUUGAUAUUUUCUUGAAAUGCCCUUGACUUAUCAUCUAUUCCGAAAAUUUUCUCCAUGUAAUUUUUGAGAUAUUAUUACAUUUUGCGUCUUGAGAUGAGUACUGUAA